UCCUCACGCAUUUUUAGCACACUCACUUAGUUAGUUAUCGCACCACAGCAAUACACGUAUACCAAUCUCUAGAACUCUCAACAGAAGAAAAAGCGAAAAACCAAAACCCUCAUCCAUUCAACCGAAUCCAAACCACCAAUGGCCGCCGCAGCACCGCCACCACCACCGACAGAACCUCCAUCAACCAUGCCAGAAACCGCACUCCCACGCCACCCAGUUUUCACCCGCAUCCGUUUAGCCACCCCUUCCGACGUUCCCUACAUCCACAAACUAAUGCAACAAAUGGCCGUUUUCGAACGCCUCACACAUCUCAUGACCGCCACAGAAGCUUCCUACUCCUCCACUCUCUUCUCCCCUGAAAACAAACCCUUCCUUUCCACCACCAUCCUCAUCCUUGAAGUCUCUCAAAACCCUUUCACCGAUACCCAUUUCGACAACGACCCAUUUUACAAACCCAUCACAAAAACUGUUACCUUAGACCUCCCAAUCGAUGACCCAGAGAAAGAAAACUUCAAAACUCAACAUGGUAAUGAAGUUUUUGUUGCUGGGUUUGUUUUGUUUUUUCCUAACUAUUCAACUUUUUUGGGGAAACAUGGGUUUUAUGUUGAAGAUCUGUUUGUGAGAGAGUGUUAUAGAAGGAAAGGAUUUGGGAAGAUGUUACUUACUGCUGUUGCGAAACAAGCUGUGAAAAUGGGAUAUGGAAGAGUUGAAUGGGUUGUUCUUGAUUGGAAUGUUAAUGCUAUCAAAUUUUAUGAAGAUAUGGGUGCUAAGAUUUUGCAGGAAUGGAGGCUUUGCAGACUCACUGGGGAGAAUUUGGAGGCUUAUGGAGCUACUGAGUAAGAGUCAAAUAAUGAGGUUUUCUCUAUGAUGCACGGACACUCCUUGGAUACGUGUCCGACACCGACACUUGUAAUUACACUGAAUUAUGUUAUCUUUUUAAAUUAUUAGCUGUGUCGGCGUGUCAAGUGUGUGUGUCGUGUCCGUAUCCGUGCUUCAUAGGGUUUUCUUAGAAAAAAGAAUUUGGAUUUGGAAUUUGAUAACUUUUUACUCUAUUUUGUUGUAAUUUGAGUUUGGAUUUUGCUAUGUUGUUUCACUGUUGUGAACUUAUGUCAUUGUAAUUGGAUGUUGAUGUUGAUGUUGAUUUAGUAUAAGUUUAUGGGUUAUGGAUUAAA